AUGAAAGAAAUUAAAGCCUACUUCUUGUGGAUAGUGUUUAUAUUCUUAAUAUUAUCACCAAGCAUUAACAAGGUUGAUUUGUUAACCAGUCCACCAUAUUUUAAGCCUGACAAUUUUGUUCUUUAUAAGACACAGGAUAGAAAAAUCCAAGUUUGUGAUGGUGUUAAUAGACACAUUUGUGAAAACCUUAAUUCAUCCUCCUGGAAGUGUCAUAUAAUUCAGUGGGAUUAUAGUAAUAAUGAUAGUAAUUAUGAUAAGAACUAUGAGCGUAAACCGUUUAGUGAUUCAAUUGAAUUGGGUGAUUUGAGCAAUGGAAUGUAUGCACUAACUUGCAAACGUCAAGUUAACUCGACAAAGCAUGAAGAAACUGUAACUGAGUAUAAGCUUAUUUUAACCGAUGGUAAUUUGUACUUGGAUUGUUCAUCAAAACCGUUAAUUAUCAAAUUAUCAUACAGCUUUAAUAUCACUGAACAGUCAUAUCGGAUGUGUAUUUGGCGUUUGCCAGUUCAAUCAGUAUGGUUAGGACAUCUCACUGUUGAACAAAUGAAUUCAGUCAUCUUUCCAGUAGAUGACUGUACUGUGUCCAACGAUAAGAUAAGAAUUCAACAUGGUGUUCUAUACAUAAACUCGUCAACCAAUCUGAAAAGUGAGAUGGUGAAUAUUAUUUGUGCUGAUGGAGAGUUUAAUGAGGUAAUAUAUAUUGAUACACCGGACAACAGUGUCAAAGCGGUCGCCUCUGUGGUAACACCCAAUGAUCCCAUCUAUGAUGAUGAAGAUAUCCGUCUCGAGUUUUAUAGUGACUAUCCAAUAAGUUAUACAUACGGCCAGAAUGUUUCAAUUGGACCAAUCAAGUGUAUCGUUAGAUGGACAAGUACGUUGUAUGAUUUGAAAUGGCGAAAGUUAAGUGGAUAUGAUGAGAUAAUGCAACCAGAUACUUCAGUUUUAACGAUAACUGCAAAUGAUUCCUCUAUAGCUGGUCAGAACGCAUUCCAAUGCCGUCUUGAUUCUGGAAAUAAGUGUAAAUCCAGGCUGUUCAUUUAUGUAAGAUUUCGAAAUUUAACCAGAAUAACUUUCACUCCAAAAGAUCGUAUACAGAAGUAUGGAGAUACGCUUCAUUGUCUAUCAAAUGGGCUACCGAAGUCAAAUAUACAAUCUAUCAUAACAGUGAAACAUGGAUCCUAUGCCUCUGCGAAGGUAAAAGGCGAUCAUGUAGUCUGGUUAUUUACCGGUAAUCUGUAUACCUAUGUCACUCUGUACUGUAAGGUGUCUAUGAUAUUUAUGGGGGAAACUUACACUCAACUAAGUAAAGAAAUAUUUGUGUAUCUAACAGGGGAUGUGGAUUUGAAAUUCUUGCCUGAUUUUAAUCUGUUGUGGCACAACCAAAAACUGGAGUGUAUUUCGAAUUUUCAGGAGUACAGUAAACCAAUAAUGAUGUUAGAUUUAUAUCCAACACCACUUCGUCCUAAGAUUAGUUAUCCUACAUUGGAUUUGUUCGAAAUGAAACCAGGAUUUUAUGAAGUGACUUGUGAUCAUUUUAUACCAUAUUCUAUAAAACGCAGGAUAAAUAAAUUCUUCUAUGUUACAGAUUUACCGAAAAAUUUAAGCUUAAAGUACAAUGCAGCACUUUCAAAAAUGUCAUGUACAUCUGCUAAAUUUCCAAGGGGACACAUAUAUAUUACUUGGUUGAUUACUGACUCACAUGUAUGUUGUGAAACUGACCAAAUGAAUGAUCUAGUUUUAAGUGAAUAUUCAACAGUUGGUAGUCAUGAUGUCAGUUGUGUAGGUAAAGUGGUACAAGGUGCAACUGAAAUUUAUAUUUAUGGAUCUGGAUCCUUUAUUGUUCCUGUGAUGAAAGGAAUUCCGGAUAUGAAUGAGAAAAUUAGUCCCACUAUUGUGCUCGAUGGAUGGCAACAUAGAUUCGUCCGAAUACCAAUCGAAGAGUUAACUAAGGAGGAGAAAUACUGUUUAUAUGGAUUAAUACAUAAAUAUAAUGAUAUAGUCGAGAUUAUUAAUUGUAUAUUAAGUAAAGAGAAAAAGCCUGAGGAGUCAUUAUUUAUAAGGUCGUUUGAUUGGUCAACAUAUAUCCCAUUAAGUUUUCGUGGCAGUCAUUAUGACUCUUAUUCAGGUCUAGAAAGUGGUUUUGAAGGGAGAAUGCAUAAAGUGAGUGGGUCUUUGAGUUCAUUUACAGGAAAUUUAUUUGCAGUAAAUGCGUUAACAAAAUUUAAUCUAAGAAAAAGUAGUGGUCAUCAUAUACCGAUGAUAUUUCAACGAAUGUCUGCCGAAGGAACUUCAGUGGAACCGCCUCAUUUUCCUGUUUCUUCUAUUGUUCGACCUUCUUAUCAUUCGAGUGACGAGGAUGUGGGUAGGAAGGAUAAAGCAGGCGCACUAAUCACUUUAAAAUUUCCUUCUUUCAUAUCUAGUGUACUUUCAGUUAAGUGUGAAUGUCUAUUUUCUUCUAGCAUUUAUUCAAAAUCUGGUAAAAUGAAGCAUAAAACGGAAGUUGUAGCUUAA